AUGUGCUUGCGAGAUAGGGAUGUUUGGCUUAUGCGGUGCCCACUGAUAUGCAACUGGGCGGUUGAGGUUCAUUUGCCACAUCGCGUGUAUCAUCAGUUUGGUCUGUUCCAGCCUCACCCGCUGGAAUGGGUGGACACAGACAAAGCACUUCAUAGGUUGGACAGGAGAAAGCAGCAGAAGAUAAAGGACAGGGACAAGCAUCAUGCAUCGUAUGUUACCCGUUUUCAUCUUAGUGUGGAGCAAGCUUGUAACAGUGCACGCGCCCAGCUUCAUGAGCAUAGCUCACUUGCUUUCGAUAACUACCUACAAUGGUUUCUUGAAAAUGCUCGAGUUGAGAUAUGCCCGCUGGCAUACAACGAUCAUAUUCUUGAAGAUCUCGCAAACUUUGAGGAUCUAUCGAAGCAUAAGUACAACAAAAAUGUCAGGGAACGGGGCUAUGAACUUGAUGAUGACAUGACUUUGGCGGACGCUCAAGUUUGGUCCGCAUACAUGUUGAAGCCUAGGCAGCCCAUACUCCAGUACACGCCCACCGACUUUGACAACGGAGGCAACCCAAAGGUGGUCGUAGGGAGCUCGCAGAUGGCGAGUUUGGAUGAUGAGGCGAAGGAGGAAGUGGAGGAAGAGGAGGCUCGUCCUGGCAGGAGGAAGAAGAUGGCCACCAGGCAUGGCACCAGGAACACGCGCGGAAGGCAUUAG